AAGACAAUCACAGAAUAGUUUGAUUCGUAUCACCGAAGCUCUGAAAUUGGGCCAGAUCAGAUCUCUGUAGCGAAGUGAUUGUGGAGGCCAUGUCGCGGGAGAGACCCAGAAGAGGCGCGUUGCCUCCCGCUCAGGAGGUGCAUUAUUGCUGGGUGUUUGGUUUGGUUUAUGCGAUGAAUAAUUUAGAGUAAAUUGCAUUUAAUGUUAAAUGCAGCAUGUUGAAAAGUUGGCGAAGGUUGUGGAGGAAGGUAACAGCUAUGGAGCUCAGCAGAUGUAUAAAUCUAUUAGUGCAAGAUAUAUAUCAGCCGAGAGAUACGCUGAUGCCCUAGAAAUCCUUCAGUCAGGUGCUUGCAUUCAGUUGGAACAUGGAGAGGUUAUUUGUGGAGCUGAGCUUGCUGUUCUGCUUGUGGAAACACUAGUAAAAGGGAAGUUUCCUUGUGAUGAAGAUAGUCUUGAUCGUGUCAGGAAAAUCUACAAGAAGUUUCCCCAGAUUCCUGCGCCGCAACGUUUGGGGGAUGAUGAUGAUGAAAUGCAAAAACUUUCUGAAGCUCUUGCAGCUGCAAAAACACGUGUUGAGAGCUGCUCAUCAUUUUUAAAAUCUGCCAUUAAGUGGUCUGUGGAAUUUGGUCCUGAUAAGAAUGGAUCUCCUGAACUGCAUGAUAUGCUAGCUGAAUACAUAUACUCUGAAUCUGCUGAGCCGGACAUGACUAGAGUUUCUUAUCAUUUUGUUCGAGGGAAAAAUCCAAAGCAAUUUGCUUCACUUUUUGUUAAUUUUAUGGGAAAGUGUUAUCCAGGUGAAGAUGACUUAGCUAUUGCACGUGCCAUUUUGAUGUAUUUAUCUCUUGGAAAUCUGAAAGAUGCCAACUGUCUUAUGGAUGAGCUAAAAAAGCUAGUUAAACAGCAGGAGCUUGAGUUCCCCAAAUCAGAUUUGAUGCAGUUCAUCACUUAUCUUCUACCAACGUUGCAGAGAGAUGCUCUGCCUCUGUUUAGUAUGUUGAGACAAAGUUACAAGUUUAGUAUUGACAGAGAACCUGUGUUCAAUGAGUUACUAGAUGACGUUGCCGAGAAAUUCUAUGGGGUGCAGCGCAGAAAUCCCCUGCAAGGGAUGUUUGGAGAUUUUAUUAAGAUGAUGGGAAGCGAGGGUAUGUAAGAGACCAGUCGAAUAUUUUGUCUGCUUCAGAGAACACGAAUGCCUCAACAGUGGCAGCAUCCCGUUUGAUCAACCGGUCUGUGUGAACAGAACCUUCAGAAGCAGUUGGAAGCUUUUUAGAAGCUCUAAAUUGGUCUAUACGUUAGGGAGAGCUAUGAGAGGCAUAUGAAGCGUCUGUGGUUGUCUUUUGAUAAGUUCUACUAGUAAUUUGUCGAUACUUGGCUUUGUUUUUCCUCUUCUUCGUGCACAUCAUCCGCUCUGGUCAUUUGUAAACAUGGCGGACCUCUUCGAGUGCGCACUCUGCAAAAAUCUAAUGCUAAUUUUGUUGGCUUGAGAACAUUUAGGUGUUGCAGUAAUUUGGCCAUAUUUCUGCUUCUGCAA